AGGAAGCUUCAGAAUAACAAGGUGUGCUUUAGAAAUGGCCAGAAAGAUAUAGUUCACAUGGGUCAGUCAUUGAUUGAAUAUUUCACAAUGAACACUACUGCUAUGCAUAAAAUCCUUAAGAAGUAUGAUAAGGUAAUUGGAUCGGAUUACAGCAGGAAAUUUACGCAACUGAUGCAGACCAAACAUAUUUGCUGUCCUUUCUCGUGUGAUCUUGAUUCUGUUGAGCCUCUAAUUUCCAUGAUUUUACCAGAUUCUAUCAAGUUGGAUUACAAUCUCACUUUUCCUAUCUGUUUGGAACUUCUAUUCAAUCCAUAUGCUUUGAGUUUGGGGCAUCUUUUCUGCAAAUUAUGUGUUUAUUCGUCAACAUCAGUUAUAAUCUUUGAAGGUCUUGACUCUUCCACUCCCCAGUCUAAGAGUCGGGUUUGUCCAAAGGCCGGUGUAUUUGCUAAGUCAAUAGAAAUGGUGGAGUUGGAGUUACUCCUCAAGAAGAGAUCCCAAAUUCGGAUUUCUGAAGGAUGAACAACUAUCUAGAUGAGAUAUCCUUCCAAGCUUCCAAGGCACAUCCGUUGAUGACCCUGCUCAUUAAAGUCCAUACAACAUAUAGAUUCAUGGGGCUUCGAAUUUUAUUUGGAAGGUGAUAAGAUGGUAAUUGAAAGUAAGACAUUGAAAAUGACCACACAAAUAUCUGCUUGUUCUUAUGGACCAUACAGUACCAAUUGCAAACAUGUUCGAAUUCUCCAAUUCCAUGUUUUUGGUAAAAGAUUGAGAAUAUAAAGAAACAAGAUGGAGCCGAUUUUAUAGUAAUUGAGUGCUCGCCAGCUGAAACUACUGUCAACGGGAUCAAAAGGCAAUCCAUUGUUUAUAACAAGACAUUCAUCGGUCAGGUUUUGUAAUAAUCCCCUUAAUUGGAGGGUUGUAGAAGCAAAUUUUUGGAUCCUUAAAAGUUCGAAUUCCUUCGAAUAUUCUGUCUGAUAGGCACUACAUGCGUAUUGACGAAGCUCCGACAACAAAGAAGUCUGUUGUUUAAAGAUACCCUAGAAACUCUUUUGGGAUUGAAGUUUAGAACCCUAUCUUGCAUUUGAAGGCAUUCAAAUUCAAUAGUAAUAUGAACGAUCGAUUUUUUCAGAAAAUCAUAAAACUGUUCUUGUUAUUGGAAGAACAGUCUGGAGUUACAUGUCCGCCCACUUUGAAACAUAACAACAGAGAAAUGACUAUUUGUCAUCUUUUAAACAAGCACUUGUUUAAUGCUAAAGGAUUUACAUGGGAUUGAUUGAUGACUACUUGAAGUUGAAGAAUCAUCAGGGAGGGAGGAGGCAAUAUUAAGUUUGAGGAGGUGUUUAUACAGUACCUCAAUGAUGAGAAGGAGGGAGAUUUUCCUUAGAAUUCCUCUCAUGUUGAAUACAACAAGCUUAUGAAAGUUCUCAAAGGUUGCUCUAUUUUUGUUGAUAGAGCUGAAGAGGGAAAAUUUUCAUCUGAGAUUUGUAAAUGUGAAGCUUGCUCAGGAAAAAGUAUUACAAAGUUGUUACAUCAGCUACUUCAUGGAAAGAAGAACGAAUAUAAAUCGAUUGAACGAUGAUACAUUGGAGGAAAUUUUCUCUCGGUUGUCAGUGAAAGAUAUAGCAAUUACCAAGUGUGUAUCCAAAAAAUGGAAAAUAAUCAUGUCUGAAUUUUCAUUCAUACGCCGUCAUGGUUUAAAGUCGACAGGUACUUCUGGACUGUUCUUCCAGCAGUACGAAGCACUUUCUGAUUUUUUGAGUAAACCAAUCAUUUAUAUUCCAAUUGAAUUGGAAUGCCUUGAAAUGGAGGAGAAUCUUCUAAACUUCCUUCCUGAAAGAGUUACUUUGAUGUCUUCAAACAAUGGACUGCUUUGCUGUCGGAGCUUCGUUAAUACGAAUAUAAGUAGCCUACCACGUGGAAUUGCCGAAGGAUUUCGUUGGGGUAAAAGUGAUCCAAAACUUUACGUAUGUAACCCAACAAGUAAAGAGUUUAUUACAAUAAACCCUCCUGAAGAAGGCCUUGGUGUAAGCAUUGGAUUAACUUUUGAUAUAAUUGAUAACAGUUUUCAGCUUGUAAGCAUUGAUUGUCAUCAGAAUUCGUGUUCGUCUGGUUUCUUUACUUUCUCAAUCUUUUCAUCAGACACAUGGAGCUGGAGAAUCUCAAAAGAGGUUUGUAAUUGGAACACUACGGUCCACAUGAACAAGCAAGUAUUUGUUAGCGGUCGGUUCCAUUGGCUUACCUUGAAUCACCAUCUUAUCACAUUUCAAAUAAAAGACGAAGAAUCUGGAAUCAUUAAGCUCCCUGGACCUGAAAUGAAUGGAGAAGGGCACGAAGGGAUGUGCCUUGGAAGCUCUGAAGGACAUCUCAACUAUAUAGUUGUUAAUCCUUCAGAAAUCAGAAUUUGGGUUCUUAUAAGUUGUGAAAUACCAGAGUGGGUUUUGGCGAACAGAAUAAACUUGAUUCAGUUUUGUGGACAACAUUUGAGUCAAUUCCCUCACUUAUUUCCACAUUUGCAAGAACAAAUGGAGAAUGACGAGACAGAGGCUAAUACUUCGGUUGUGCCACUAGCUUUGGAUGAGGAUGUUAUUUUUAUGGAAAUAGAUUGGGAUUUGUUCUCUUUUAACCUUAAAACCGGUGCCUUGAAGAACCAUCGUAGCACGUUCAUGAUGCCAUGUGAUGUUUUUCUCUCUGCAACGGUACUUCCUUAUUCGGUUAACUUGGCUGCUCUGAAUGUUUUUGAAGGAAUAGGUCCAGGUGCGAGUACUAGUACAAGUAUAAGAGAUCCCACCCCACAAAUCUUCUAUUGAUUUAUAAUGAUGACCGAGCUAAGUGUAAGGGCCUUGUUAGCACCAUCUUGUUCCAUCUGUUAUGAGUAUUUUUAUAUUUUCAGACAAUGUUAUGUUUAAGAAUUUCUGAUUGUUAGUUGUUCAAGACAUAGUACUCUGUUUUUUCUUUUAUUAGUGUUGUUGUU